GUAUCUUGGAAUUCUAUGGUGGCGGGUUAUGCACAAAAUGGGCGGUUUGAUGAAGCACUGGAGGUGUGCAAGGAAAUGGAGUCACUAGGUGUCAAACCUAAUCCUGGCACAAUGGCUAGCCUCUCACCUGCUGUGACUAAUACGAGCAAAGAAAAUGUUAUGUUCAUGAAGAAGAUUUUCUUGGGCAUGUCCAAAGAGGAAUUGGUGGCAUGGAAUGUAAUGAUAGCCGUCUAUGCAAAUAACUCUAUGUCGACUGAGGCAGUUGACCUUUAUUUACAGAUGGAAACUAAUGGGACAGAACCAGAUGCAAUAACUAUCGCUAGUGUUCUUCCAGCAUGCGGAGAUCUUUCUGCCGUGUCACUAGGAAAGCAGAUUCAUGAAUAUGUUGAAAUGAGGGGGCUGAAGCCUAACUUGUCCAUAGAGAAUGCUUUGAUUGAUAUGUAUGCUAAGUGUGGGUGUUUAGUAGAAGCAAGAAAAGUAUUUGAUGAGAUGCAAAUCAAGGAUGUCAUCUCAUGGACUUCAAUGAUGUCUGCAUAUGGUAGGAGUGGUAAAGGUCAGGAAGCAAUUGAAUUAUUCUCCAAAAUGCAGGACUUAGGUCUGGCCCCAGAUUCAAUAGCUUUUGUGUCAAUUCUUUCAGCUUGCAGCCACGCAGGAUUGUUAUCAGAAGGACGUAACUAUUAUAGAUUGAUGACUGAAGAAUAUAAGAUAGUUCCUAGAUUGGAACACUAUACUUGCAUGGUUGAUCUACUUGGGCGUGCUGGUCGACUGGAUGAGGCCUACACUCAUAUCAAGCAGAUGCCAAUGGAGCCAAACGACAGGGUUUGGGGAGCUCUAUUGAGCGCUUGCCAUGUCUAUAAUAACAUGGAUAUUGGGGUUGUAGCAGCUGAUCAUCUUUUUCAAUUGGCUCCGCAGCAAUCUGGAUAUUACGUCCUGUUAUCAAACAUUUAUGCCAAGGCUGGGAGAUGGAAAGACGUCACAUUAAUUCGCUCAAUUAUGAAAGGCAGAGGAAUCAAGAAAAUACCUGGUGUUAGCAAUGUUGAGCUUCAGGAUCAGGUCCAUACUUUCCUUGCUGGUGAUAGAUCACAUCCACAAUCAGAAGAGAUCUAUGAAGAGUUAGAAAGCUUAUUAGGAAAAAUGAAAGAAGCUGGUUAUGUUCCAAAGACAGACACAGCCCUUCAUGAUGUGGAGGAGGAAGAUAAAGAAAACCAUCUGGUGGUUCACAGUGAAAAAUUGGCCAUUGUAUUCGCAAUUAUUAAUAGCAAGCCAGGGAUAUUGAUCAGGGUUACUAAAAAUCUUCGUGUUUGUGAGGAUUGCCACGUCGCUAUCAAGUUCAUCUCUAAGAUUGCUGAGCGUGAAAUCAUAGUAAGGGAUACAAAUCGAUACCACCAUUUUGAAAAUGGGAUUUGCUCAUGUGGUGAUUAUUGGUAAAUUAAUACAUAGAAAGUACGGAAAUACCAAUUCUGGCCCCAACUGCAGUUCUCCAAAAGGGAUAACUGGGGAAUUUUUGAUCACAUAAAGCAUAAUCUGCUGUUGGCGAUUUGCUUCUACAAUUAUCUGGACUUCAGGAGGGGGAAAAAAGAAGAAGAAGAAGAAAUCGCUCUUGAGAAGAACCGUGCCCCAAUUUAUUCCAGUCAGGUGAAGAGAAAUAAGAAAAAAAGAAAACAUCGCUCUUGCCUCAAUUUCUUCUGGUCAUCGGUGAAGUUAAUUCAUCAUCUGUCAUCGGAGGCACAUUUGAGACCCAAUUAGUUUAUGACACCAAAUGGUAACAUCUUCCAGACAGUUAAUGCGUGAGGGCCCAAAAUAUGAAAACUUGGCCAUUUUUCAGUCAGGGUACAACUAGUUUGAUUCCACUGGAUGCAAGUAGAGUAUCUGUCCAAUUUUGACGCAUUCCUCAAAGUGGUUAUCUGUCUUGUUGACUCUGGAGGGUGACUAGAGAUGAGUUGGAGGACGCGGGCGAGGGUGUUAGUGAGGUGCAUCUUUGCGCCUUUGAGAUGAGAAUGAAGAGUUAUUGGGAGAUCACCGACCACGAGGUCCGGAGAUUUCAAAUUCUAAGCCUAAUCCUAAUCCUAAUCCUUUUGAAGGGUGUGUGGAUAAAGCACUUCAUCGCACAUUCUCCCAGGGGCUGGAACAAUCAAACGUAAGUAAGACAAAAUUCAACAUCUGUUGAGUUAUAUGUUUAUUGGAUUCUUGAAUUUGUGGCGUUUGGCCUAUAUGAUUGAAUUAUAUGUUUAUUUUUUGUUUUGAUUGGAAAUUGAUGUUGUAAGUAUCCCAGUACACAUACAAACGUGCAACUACACACAGUAGGUCUACCCUUUUCUGAAUGCUUGAAGAAACUCAGAAAGGAAAGAAUUCAAAUUUUUUUUAUAGAACAGAAAUUGAUAUAGAUUUAGCAGUGUUAAUUUGGUGUAAAGAGCUUUCAGGAGUUCUACUGGUUUUCGAUUAUUUCUUUUCUUCUUAUUUUACUAUCAACAUUAUAUGUUCUUUUAUUGAAAUGAUGCAAGAAUGUGUAAAGCUUGGAUUUUUCGAGUUAUUUCUUUAGUUUAAUGAUAGUCAUAAACAGGUGUAUCGGAGAAAACAUGUCUUCAUUAUGUAGGUGAUAUUAUUAGGAUUUUAUUAGGAAACAAUAUUCAUCAUACAGCCAUACAGGAGAUAUGGAAGAAUUCAUUCUCUGAUAAUAUUUCUUGUUUCAGAAACAAAGAGAUUUUUAUAAAAUUUUUCUUUCCUCCCUGAAAACAUAAUCGGAUAUUCCUCGGGAAAAGUUUCAGCUUGCAGUGUGAUUGUGGGAUCUUGAGAGUACUAAAGUAUUACUUGUAUCCAAAGUGUUCUUGACCCUUAAUUCUGCAACUUAAUAAGCAUAACCAUGAUCUCAUUAAAUGUAAGUACUCUCAUUGUUUCAUCACUCCCACCACUAAGAAAACUUAAGUAUUGGCACUUCCUUAACACCUACUAGACUCAUCGCCAAAAUCAAUUUCUAUGUUCUACUUUGAUCAGCUUUUAGUUUGUAGAAGGUAGCACUUUUACCAACACAAAGAGGCUGAUAUCCUGGUU